AUGUCUUCACCUGAAGAUGACUUCUUCAACCCGUCCUUGCUAAAGGACGGAGGCUUGGAGGGUUCUUUUGAUGAGUUUGAUGAUCGUUUGGCACACAAAUUAUCAAUUAGUGAAUACGAUGAUGAUAAGAAUGAUGAAACAUUUGGCAAUGAUAUUGAUGUGGUUGAUGAAGGAUUUUUUGCUUCCUCUCAUCAUCAAGAUUUAUUAUUUGGAAACAAUAAUAACCACCAUCAUCAUCAUCACCAGCAUCAACAACUCCCAAAGCCUAUCAAUAUUACAACUACGAACAACAGUGGCUCGCAAGAAUCGUGGAAGCACAAGGGAAUUGCCAACCCAAAUAAUACUUCUACGACUCCCUCCAACCAAACGAGCAGUGGUAGAGUGGGCUUUUUUAGCACUUCGACACCAUCACCAACAUCCAUUCCGUUCGGACAUUCACCUUCUUCACCUUCAAAUUAUAUUCCUGGUGGAGGUAGUAGCGGUUUAUCAUUCGUUGGUACCUCACUCUCAUCAUCUUCAACGCACCACCAUCCAUCUGUUGGCCAACAUACUGGUGCUUUUUCCAAUAUUGGAAUCCCAUCAGUGAGUCAUCACUCGGCUUUUCCAACCGGUACUUCUCCAGGGAUGCAUUCGACAUCCAUCAGCAAUGUCGGAUUAUUUGGUACUUCUGCUACAACAACUUCGACAACCACGGGUCAUCAUCGUCCACCUUCGACAAGUCCAACAGCCGCAACAUCAGCUGGAAUAUUGCCAACAAGUAUUUUUGGAGGAGGAUCAACCAGUAGCAAUAAUGUACCCAUUCAUCAUCACCAUCAUCAUAUUCGUCAAGGUAGUAGUGGCAUUAUUGUACCUCAACAAUCUCCAAGAAAUCAGCAAGUGGUUGGGGAAGAUGCUUUUCUUGGCCCAUUCUUCACCGGCAGUAGUAGUACUGGUAGUGGAGGCGGAGGCGUAGCAGUGCAUCAUCAUCAUCACCACACAAGCUCCACAUCAAGUAUUGGCUCCUCAUCGGGAAAACAAACAAACUCUGGACUUCAGUUUAUUAAUGGAUUAAUCUCAGAAGAGGAUGAAGACAUUGAGAGCAUUUCAAGUAGUAAUAGAUCAAAUCCUCACAUUUCAAGCGGUAAUAGCUCUCCUUUUGGAUUUCCUUUGGGAGAGAAUUUCCUGCCAAACUCUCGAAUUCCUCUCACCGGUGGCUUGGAACCUCUUGAAAUUUUACCUCUGACUGUAUGCCACAAACAUCCAGAAUUGGUAAAACCUCAACCUCAACAGCAAAGCACAUCAACAACAGCAGCAACAACAACAAGUACUGGCUCCACAACAGCAGCAACUUCUGUUGAUAACAAGACAACAAGCACCAAUGCUACCGCCCAACAGCACACAACACCAUCCUAUCUAUUGGUCAAGUACAACACAUACAACACAGAGAAUAAGGAAGAUUGUUACAAUGUUAUCAACAAGACUGUCAUUAAUGAGGUGUUAAACAAAAUUCCCUCUCCUCAAGAGCACAGAUAUCGAUACAAUCGUUACAAUAACAGCAACAAUAAUAGAUCUUCUGAGAAGCCGCAUAGAAUUAUUCAAUUUAUGAGAAUUGAUGAAGUAGAGAGCAUUAUUCGUCAGCAAAUGGUGGAUCUUCAAGUCAACAACGGAUAUGAAGAUGACUAUUACUACUUUAUCCACAAUAACAAGACUGAGGAAAAUAGUGACCUUGUUUUGAAACAUUUAUUGGAAGAAGAGGAAGCAAGAGAGAAAAUUGCACAAACUAACAUUAGCCAGAAUACAACAACUCCUGUCACACGAUUAUUUGGAAGAAUUCCCUCCCAAAAUGUUAGAACUCCAAGAACCUGCUUUGACACCAAUGUAUUUCGUCAGGAACUCAUUGAACAAUAUUUCAAAUACAAGAGAAUACCCUCAGAAUUACGUACAAGAUUAAUCUACAAUAAUUCUAUCCAAUUGAGAACAAGCAUUGAAAAUGGGCUCACUCUUCUCAUCGAAAUUGAAGAAUUCUUAACAGUUGCAAAACAAGCAGGAGGAAAGGACAUUCCACCAAAACUUGCCGAGUCAUUCAGACAAAAUUGCCAAACGAUUACUGCCUAUCUCCAAUAUCAACAAGAGAUUUGGAAUAUUCCAAAGGGCAAGAAAUUUAUUUACAAAGCUCUCAAACUUCUUCCAGAACCCUUUAUCACUAAACUCAUGAUUGAUAUGAUACCAAUAUUGAACCUAGAGUAUCAUACCAACUCAACAUUAUUAGAAGCAAUGAAUUUAGCAUGCAAAUCAAUUAUCAACAUUGAUGCCAUUCCAAUGAUCCUCAUGUCACUCAUGCAAAAUCCAAUUGUUGCUAUUGAAUUCGUUACUACCUUGUUGAAUAGAGCCACUACCAUUCUCUCCACUAGCACCCAACAAAACAUGAUGUCUGUCCACAGUUGGUAUCAAUUUUUCGUGCAACACUUUAUUCCAUACUUUAUGAGCUACUGUCCACACUUGAUACAAUCCUCUCCCGAUGCUACCUACAACCUUCUUUCAUUAAUUUUAAAAUUAAUUCCAAAGAAUUCUCCUCAAUUCAUGCAGCUACUGAGACAUCUUGCCACCGACCUUAAUUCUCAACACCCUCUAAGGACUCAAUUACUCCAACAAUAUGCUCAACCACUCUUCCACAACCAAUAA